GAAGAAAUUGAGCUGUCUCCACCCGCGAUAAUGGUAUGUUUAUGUUUUCAUUAUGAGGGAAGAUUUCACUGAUUUCGAGAAAUUAACAGUUAUUCACCGAGGGGGAGGUAAAGAUCCAAAACUUUCACUGACACUGAGAUGUAUAAUCACUGAAUACAAGAGAUGAUAAUCUCUUGUUUUGAUACAUAAUUAUGCUUAAAGAUCUACGUUUGUGUAUUGUUGAUAACGUGUCGAUGGAACGUUGGUGAAGUGUCGGUGGAGCGUUCAUAGUUUGUUAGCUAUUAUCAUCUAUCUUUCACACAUCCUUUUAACCAGGUAGAUAUUGCAGUAUUUGUUGAACUCCUCAGCAUUUUCAUGAAAGACUUAAGACUUAGAAUCUGGACUUGGCUUGAGUCGAUUGUGCUCGUAAAACUGGCAUAUUAUGCUCCUAGCACUGCUCAAAAUUUACGAAAUUUAAGCCCGAGUUAUGCUCGUUUCUCUAAAUUAUGCUCCUGGCAUCAAAAUUAUGCUACUUGAUUUUUAAGCAAAACAAAGGCAGAGCAUCGGGGAAAACACGAAACAAACAGCAACUGAUUACUGAUUAUAUUCAAUACAAAAUUACCAAAAUUGUUCACAUCGUGGAAGUAAAAAUGCAGAUUAUGCCGGCAGUGCUUUUCUUUGAAAAAAGUUAAAAAUUAUGCUCGUUUUGCCAAAUUAUGCUAAAAAUUAUGCUGGCACAAUCGACUCAAGCCUAAUCUGGACCCAGGGCUUAUCAUCGCCGUAUGAAACUUUGAUUAGUACCCCAAAGAGUCUUUCACCUCUUUUAAGAGAAAUGAUAAGAUAUAUUAAAGUUCACACGGCAACCAGGUGGACAAUCAGACAUAGUUUGAUGCUACACUGGUUUGCAGAUUUAAUGAAUGUAACCGAAGAAGUUACAAUUCAUAGACCCAACGUUUCGACACUCCUGUCUAGUGCCUUCAUCAGGGGUGAUCUAAACGCUGCAACAAGAGGUCCUUUUAUAUGAUCACUAAUUAGCGGCCUUUUUUUCUGACGAGGUGUAAGUAAGCGUCAGGAAGCAGACCGCCAUCGUCACGAUUUAAAGGAGCGUGGGCGGAGUUAAUGUGCCAAGCCUCCAAACAAAGGCGCUGGUGGUAACGCCGAUUAGUGGUGAUAAUUUUAGAAUUAUCCCACCCAAUUGUAUGGUUGGUUAGGCAAGUAUGCUCCGAUAAAGCUGAAUUUUCCUUUUGCAAAGAAAAACCGCUUUUGGUGCUCUUUUAACCGUGUACCAAACUGGCGUUUGGUCUGUCCGAUGUAUUCGUUGUCACAGUCAUUGCAAGGAAUAGAAUAAAUGGCGUCGGUUCGUUGUUCUUUCGUGACAGGAUCCUUAGGUUUGGCGAAAAUAUGCCCCAAAGUCUGAAAAGGUUUUUGAGCAACUUUAACGUUGUGACUAUUCAAAAUUCUCUUGAUGGGUUCAGUAACACCCUGUAUGUAAGGAAUAACAGCAAAACCAGUCGCUGGUUCCCUUUCAUCAAGAGCGUUACUAUUUGUAACUGGUUUUUGGCAGUUACGGAGAAAAGUUUUUAUAUAGCCAUUUGCCUUUAGGACAUUGGAAACAUAUUUCCUCUCUUCAGCCUUCGAAUCGAGUGAUGAUGGUAGACAGUCAGCCCUCCUAAGUAAAGUUUUGGCUACAGACUUCUUAUGGCAAAUAGGAUGGUGAGAAUCGAAAGCGAGGUAUUUGUCGGUGUGGGUGGGUUUACGGUAGACACUGGUCUCUAAAUUACCCUGAACCCCUCUGGACACGUUUAAAUCAAGAAAGGGCAAAUGUCUAUCCUUUUCACGUUCAAGGGUGAAUUGGAUCGACGGCUCUACUGAAUUCAAAUGCGACAAGAGGCGCUCCGCUUCAUUUCCGGAUACCGCAGAAAUAACAUCAUCGACAGGGUUUAACCGGUGAAGUGGCUAAGGCCCUUUGUUCCACGUCUUCCAUUACCAUGUUAGCAAUGACAGCAGAAACAGGCGAACCCAUCGCUGUACCAAAAACUUGUUGAUAGUAUGUGCCGUUAUAUGUAAAUUGCGUGGUUUUGAGGCAAAAAGACAGCAGAUGAAUAAUAUCCUCCACAGGCAAAGAAGUUCUUUGUCCUAGGGAAGCAUCUUCUCUGAGUCUUUCCUCCGUAACCUUAACGGCAAGAUCAACUGGGAUUUUGGUGAAGAGCGAAACAACGUCGAAAGAUACUAAUUCUUCACUAGCGUCAAGAGUUUUAUCUCUUAUGAAAUCCGUAAAUUCGCAGGAAUUUUUGACAGUGUAAUCAGUAUUCCCAACAACAGGCGACAAAAUUCUCGCAAGAUAACCAGAAAUUGCAUAGUUACUAGAGUAACUCUAGAGAUGAAGGACUUUGUUAAAUAUUUGGGUAUAAUGAUUGAUUCUGAACUAUCAUGGAAGCAUCAUAUUGACUUUAUCUGUCACAAAAUUAGUAGAUCGGUUGGAAUAAUUGCUAAAAUGAGGCAUUACAUUCCACGGCGUCUUCUUUUGAAUUUAUAUCAUGCACUUAUUUCUCCUUAUUUAAAUUAUGGUAUCUGUGCAUGGGGCAACUGUCCACAGACCUACCUCAAUAAGAUACUUGUUCUGCAAAAACGUGCUCUGCGUUUGAUUUAUUUUUCUAAACCCAGAGACCAUGCAAUCCCUUUUUUUAUUGAAUCAAACUGCCUUCCUUUGCAGUCUUUGUUCUUUCAACAGUUAAGCUAUUUAAUGUAUGACGUUCAUGCUAAGACAGCUCCUAAAAGUCUUCUCGAUAAGUUUGCGAAAAUCAAUACAGAACAUCAUUAUAAUACGCGAUUAUCUGCAAAAGAAUGCUUCUCUGUCAAAUUCUCUAGAACUGAAAAAAUGAAAAAAUCUUUUACUAGAAUCGGUGUGUCUAUUUGGAAUUCUAUUCCACUUUCUGUUAAGACUCUCAACGUUUCUAAUUUUCGUAAAAAAAUUAAAUUACUACUCCUUAAUGUUCUAGGUAAUGAAGAUAAUUAUUUGAAUGUUAAGUUUUUAAUAGAAUAUUUUGUGAAGUUAACCUGAUAUAUUGUAUAUACCUCUAGUUGUAAUUUUAGUCUUUUUCAAAUAACAAAAUCCCUUGUACUUGAAUUUAUAUGUAAGGUGUUUCUUUCUGUAUGUUUUUGUAUUUCUUCUUUUCUUUUUUCUUAUGUAAUUUAAUAACGCCUUUAGUUAAAGUCUUGUCCUGCCUAGAUUAGCAUUGUAGCUAUUUGCAGGACAUGAAGUUUUGUAAACCUUAUAUUUCUUUAAAUAAAUACAUGAAGCACGGUGUAGUAUAACAGGUAAGCCACAAAAACGUGGACAUAAGCCGUCACUACUGUAUAACAUUUUGUACAUAGAGUCACUAAUUCUGCCAGCUUUUUUCAAAUCAAGCAACAUUUUGUUUAACUUUCUUUGAGUUUUACUGGUAGGAUCAGAGUUUAAGACAGCAUACGUACUCUUGUCAUUAAGCAGAGACAAAGCUUUGUCGUCAUAUUGCUGUUUGUCCAAAACCACAACACAAUUACCCUUGUCAGCAGAUAAUACGAGCCUGUCCGGAUCCUUUUUGAGAGUUAUAAGCGCAUUGAAAACGAGGAAAAUUGAACAUUGAAACAUUGAAAACGUUACAAAUAGUAACGCUCUUGAUGAAAGGGAACCAGCGACUGGUUUUGCUGUUAUUCCUUACAUACAGGGUGUUACUGAACCCAUCAAGAAAAAUUUUGAAUAGUCACAACGUUAAAGUUGCUCAAAAACCUUUUCAGACUUUGGGGCAUAUUUUCGCCAAACCUAAGGAUCCUGUCACGAAAGAACAACGAACCGACGCCAUUUAUUCUAUUCCUUGCAAUGACUGUGACAACGAAUACAUCGGACAGACCAAACGCCAGUUUGGUACACGGUUAAAAGAGCACCAAAAGCGGUUUUUCUUUGCAAAAAGGAAAAUUCAGCUUUAUCGGAGCAUACUUGCCUAACCAACCAUACAAUUGGGUGGGAUAAUUCUAAAAUUAUCACCACUAAUCGGCGUUACCACCAGCGCCUUUGUUUGGAGGCUUGGCACAUUAACUCCGCCCACGCUCCUUUAAAUCGUGACGAUGGCGGUCUGCUUCCUGACGCUUACUUACACCUCGUCAGAAAAAAGGCCGCUAAUUAGUGAUCAUAUAAAAGGACCUCUUGUUGCAGCGUUUAGAUCACCCCUGAUGAAGGCACUAGACAGGAGUGUCGAAACGUUGGGUCUAUGAAUUGUAACUUCUUCGGUUACAUUCAUUAAAUCUGCAAACCAGUGUAGCAUCAAACUAUGUCAGAAAUGAUAAGGUUAUAUUUUUGUUAUUGCCCUCGUUCACAAAUCGGUUAAUAAAUCUUGUAUUUAGUAUACACGUUUUGUUUUUGUGUUUCCGUAGGUGCCUAGCGACAGUGCCCAGACUCCUGUAUAUGCCCAAGUGUCAAGCGCUUGUUCCUACAGCUACACACACCCGUACAAGCCAGUAGAGAAAAAUAAUGGGAAAGAACACGAGUACGUCAAUCAAAUAAAGACUGGGGACUACGAAAAUACGUAUAUGCCUCUCACCAAUCUUAAUAUGUCAGCCGAAGAUUCUCGUGCAUAUGCAUCGCUUUUGCCGUUUAAAGAGGAAGAGAACAACAACGUUUAG